UCAGUUCCAGAAGGACAGGGAACUGCUGGAGAGGGUCCAGCGUAGGGCAACAAAGAUGAUUAAGGGAGUGGAGCAUCUCCCUUAUGAAGAAAGGCUGAGGGAGCUGGGUCUCUUUAGUUUGGAGAAGAGGAGACUAAGGGGGGACCUUAUUAAUGCUUAUAAAUAUAUGAAGGGUGAGUGCCAUGAGGAUGGAGCCAGGCUCUUCUCGGUGGCAAACAAUGAUAGGACAAGGGGUAAUGGGAUCAAGCUGGAACACAAGAGGUUCCACUUAAAUUUGAGAAAAAACUUCUUCUCAGUGAGGGUGACAGAGCACUGGAACAGGCUGCCCAGGGAGGUUGUGGAGUCUCCUUCUCUGGAGACAUUCAAAACCCGCCUGGACAUGUUCCUGUGCGACCUCACCUAGAUGUUCCUGCUCCAGCAGGGGGAUUGGACUAGAUGAUCUUUUGAGGUACCUUCCAAUCCCAAACAUACUGUGAUACUGUGUGAUACUGUUUUCCCAUGCUAUGCACCAAUGACUUUGUUGGGGAUUAUGGUUUUGUUUCACUACUAGUAACAUUUGAAGAAUCAGCACAGGCAUGCAAAUGCUCACAGAAACUUUCCUGUCUUUGCAGAAGGACGUUAAUACUUGGGAGGACAUGGCAAAUGAGACAAGUGUGGAAGAAUUCAUCCUUCUUGGCUUCCCAGGCACUUGGCAUUUCCGAGUGUCACUAGCGGUGAUAUUUGCACUGAUGUACUCCCUGGCAGUAAUAGGCAAUGCAUCCAUCAUAGCCCUCGUGUGGAUGAGCAGCAACCUCCAUACCCCAAUGUAUUUUUUCCUCUGUAAUCUCUCCUUUCUGGAGAUCUGGUACACUACUGGUGCUGUUCCCAAAGCCAUAGGAGUCAUGCUGGGGACUAGCCAGACCAUCUCCUUCAGUGCUUGCACCCUCCAGUUGUUCUUUCUUCUCUCCCUAGGCUCCACUGAGUGUUUUCUUCUGUCUGUCAUGGCCUAUGAUCGGUACAUAGCCAUAUGCUACCCCCUGAGAUACAGCUCCCUCAUGAACAGUGUCCUCUCUGCUCAGCUGGUGCUCAGCUCCUGGCUGGGAGGUUUUCUGGCCAUCUCUCUGCUGGCCUUUCUGACAUCAAGACUGACUUUCUGUGGGCCAGAUAUCAUCAAUCAUUUCCUCUGUGAUAUAGAUUCCUGCCUUGCCCUCUCCUGCAGUGACACGUGGUCUGUAGAGUUAGCAACCUUCCUUGUCUCCAUUAUUGUUGUACUGGCCUCCUGUGUGGUAACCUUGGUCUCCUACAUGUACAUCAUCUCUUCCAUACUGAGAAUCCAGUCAGUCCAUGGCCGAAAAAAGGCCUUUUCUACUUGCUCUGCCCAUCUCAGUGUCGUCACGAUCUGGUAUGGCUCUACCAUCUUCCUGUACGUCAAGCCAUCAGCCCGGAACUCCCUGGAUCUGAACAAACUCGUAAAUACCUUUAAUACAAUUGUAACUCCUUUGUUGAACCCUUUCAUUUACACACUCAGGAACAAAGAAGUGAAGAAAGCUCUGGAGUGGGCUUUCCAGAAAAAGUGAAGUGGCUUUUCAAAGGGUCUCAGUGGGAGCAAACAGAUUCACCCCCUCUCUCCUAUAACUUCUAUCCUGCAGAAGUUCCUCACCAAAGUGUAAGUACUCCUGGACAUCACAAGCAGUGAGAAGCCACCAUUUCCCCAGUGAGCUCAUCUCACUCACCUUACAGCCACCUUAGGCUGGGCUGAGCCUAGAUCCUAAUGCUUCCACCUCCCUCUGUUCACUCCUGGGUAAACCCAGAAUACCUCACUGUGCUCUGGAGAUCAGCACUUGGAAGGGGUCACAAACCCCAACUGGCAACAAUUCUCUAAUGGAACACUGUAGGGGUCGUCCUCCCACAGGUUUUUAUUCCAGUUUUUUGGGUGCUUCAUUUUAUCAGGGACUCAUAUGAGUCCCCUAAGAAGUCCCACUACCUGGCUUGCUGCUUUAGGAAGUGGACAAGUAUUUCUCUGUUUAAUCUGACAUUUUCUGGAUGCAUCUGAGCCCCAUAGUUGUGGCUGUUUCACAGAAUCAUGCUCUGGUUCAAGAGAAAAUUUGGCAAUGUCUGGUAUGCCUACCUACAGCCAUCAUUCCUUGCAGAAGACAGUCCUUCCCCCUGUGCAAUAUCUGAAUGUAUUUUUUAAGUUUUAAUUAAAAAUAUGUAAAUCACUAUGCUUCAUGCUAGAUGUGUCAGGGUACUUCCACAUCUAAAACCCCACAUCAAUUUUCAACAGUUCAUCAUUUCACCCAUUUUGGGCUUUGUUGUGGAAACACUUUAAUGUGAUUGGCAAAGUCCUCAAACUGCAGAGCUGUGGAAGGCUGGCUGGCAGCAAGUCUCUCUUUACACUCACUGGCAGGACAUUAGCACUUCCAAAGGGCACUUGCUUUUCCCCUCCUGAUUUUCAUUUCAGAACAGACGAAUUGUGUUCUCAAAGCUCUUCUUUCUGCACACUGACAGUGAAGGGAGUCCAUGUCACCACUUCAUAAGGAGGCAUCAACACAGCAGAUACAUCUUUAUGAGGAGUGUGGGACUGAUUUCACCUCAGUGUAGAGCUCUUCAAGUGAAAAGAUUGAGUCUGGACUGAAUGUCUGCUCCUCCCUUCUGGAAGCAGUGGUGCUUCUGGGGGCAAUUCUCCUGUGUCCACCAGUCCUAGGCACUUGGCUCUUAGUCCUGCAGCCAGGCCCAGGAACCAGUGCCCAAGGACAGGCUGAUGCCCACCCUUGUCAGCGGUGCUCUCUUUCUCGGUGGCAUUUGGGAAAAUCCCUGGGACAGCCCAGUGAGGCUGAAGAAAGAGCCUGACCCUGGAUCUGUCCUCAGGUAGCUAUCACUGCUGUUCAGUGUUGCUUAGGGAUGAUGUUGAUUUUGAUGGAGAAUUGUGUCUGUGGAGUGCUGAAUCCCUCUGCAGCCCUGGAGAGCAAACAAACUCAGGGUCUGAUGUCCAAGGGACCCUAGACACAGCAGACUGCAGGAAACUGGGGACUACUGUCAAUUCCCCAUAGACCCUGUCUAUGGUGCUUUGAGCUAAAUAGGAGUGUGCAAAGCCUCCAGUAGGGCUUGUAGAGCAAACCCACAUCAACUGGGAAAGGCAGGCCACCAUGGAACAGCAGUAGGGUAACAACCAAGUACCUUCAGCUUCCUCAGGUGAAGUGCAUGAUUCACUGGAUGGUAUUCAGCUGUAAAGUCAGCACCCUCCAGCUGAGCUUUGACAUGCAGUGCUGGGAUGGGAUUGCUGGAGGACAGCAUCACAGAAUCUUAGAAUCAUAAAAUAUUUUACAUUGGAAAAGACCUUUAAGAUUAUCAAGUCUAACCAUUAUCCUUGCACUGCCAAGUCCAUCACUAAACAAUGUCCCUAUGCAGCAUACCUAUAUGUGACUCAGCCACUUCCUGGGCAGCCUGUUCCAAUGCUUGAUAACCCUUUCUGUGAAUAAAUUUUUGCUAAUAACCAAUCUAAACCUCCCCUGGCACAUCUUGAGGACAUUUCUGCUGUUGUUUACUACUUAGGAGAAGAGACCAACACCCAUCUUGCUAUAACCUCCUUUCAGGUGUUUGUGGAGAAUAAGAUCUCCUUUGAGCUUCCUUUUCUCCAGGCUAAACAGCCCCAAGUCCCUCAGCCGCUCCCCAUCACACUUGUGCUCCAGCCCCUUCACCAGCUUUGUUGCCCUUCUCUGAACUUGCUCCAUCACCUCAAGUUCU